AUGACGAGGCCUCCAACAAAUGAUAAUCUUGUGACACAACAUAAACUUGUGCUGGUUAAAGAUAGAGAUAGAGAUGUUUAUCCAAUGCUUCUUGCUGCAAAUAAAGUUGAUUUAGUACAUUUGCGAAAAGUUAGUGAAGAACAGGGAAGAGAAUUGGCACAUAAACUUGGAAUUCCAUAUAUUGAAACAUCAGCCAAGGAUCCACCACUAAAUGUUGAUGCUGCUUUUCACGAGGUUGUAAGAAUAAUUCGCAAUCAGCCACCAACAGAAUUUGAAAAAAAUCGUAGAAAACGAAGAAGAUCCGGCAAGUGUACUCUUUUAUAGAAAUUACAUUUAAAAAUUAUAUUGAUUAUUUUUUAAAAUGACAAAAAUAUGUGUGAUUUAAAUAAUCAGGUUUAUUUAUAGUUAUUUAUUUUUCAUUUGACAAGUCAAAAUUUGAAAUAUAUAUUUUAUUCAAUUUUCAUGAUAAAAAAAUACAAAAAAAUUUAAUUUUUUAUAUGCAAUUGUCAAGAGGUUUAAUUUAAAAAAAAAAUUUAUCAUUAGAAUUAUUAAUUGCUCAUGUUUGAUUCAUAUAUAAUAUAAAUUAUUAUAAAUACAAGCACAAUUGAAGAAAUUCAUCAGUCAUACAAUAUGACUA